UAUGGCUAUCGCCUACAUUUUUAACUCCGAUUCUUCAGUGCGCAUGACAUUUCAUCCUCAAAAUUGGGGUAAGUAAGUAACAAACGUAUCUAUCUAUUCCAAACAGGCUUGUUUAGAGCAAAUCAACCAGAUUGUCCAACACCUAAAACUGUUCUUGUUUAAAGUGUUGUUUCUUGCUUCCAACCAACACUUCUCUACAUUACAGUGACAAUUUAAUUUAUGAAGCACUGAUACCCACAUUGAUUUUGCACAUUGUAAAUCAAAACUAGAACGUAAGUGAGGAAUUCAUAUAAAUAUUUAGCCCGAUGUUUUCCUACCUCGCCAGGACUUUCCACACAAGUGCUCCUCGACUAGACUCUUGACUGGCUCGGAGUGCAUGCGGUUGCAUCUCUCGCGUCAAUGGAUUUGCGUAAACCGAUCUGGAGUAUCUUGACUGUGCUGGCAGCGCUUGCCCUUAUCGUUGAACGUAAGUAACCUUGUAACUAGUUACUUUAAAUGAUUCCUUUAAAACCCACGGAAAAUGUCUCAUCUUUGAUAAAUAAAUAUGAUAAAAGUCCUGAAUUUGAGUAUCACACUGAAAGUGCCGUCCAAUCGUUAAACUCACCUUGUGUAGAUUCUCAGUCUAAAGUCACCUGGGAAGUCCAACGAUAUGACGGCUGGUAUAACAACUUAGCCCAUCACCGUCGAGGUGCUGUUGGUAAGUUUCUAACAAAACCUCUUAACUGACAAUAUAAAAACAUUUGAAAUAUGAAUAUUUAAAGAUAUAGGAUGCGUUUAUAGAAAGCCAUACAUUGCAUUGGUGAUGGAUGAGAACGGAACUCAUGGAACUGUGUGCGGGUGCAGGUUCCCCCCUGGUUCGCCUGCUGCCAGCGCGCUAUUCUGACGGCGUCCUCCAGCCUCUGCAGGAACCUCAGCUCCCCAACCCGCGCAGACUCAGCGAUGUGACGGCCAGGGGCCCCUCGGGCCUGCCCUCAGCACACAACCAGACCGUACUCUCUGUGUUCUUUGGUAAAUUUACACUGGAAAAUCGUCUCAAUGUAUGAUGUUCACUAUUGCAUAAUGACAUUCUGGAGUUUUUUUUUAAAAAUUGUAUUAUUAUUUUCUAUUAUGAAAUUAACCUCAAUAAUUGAGGUGAGGUUGCCAUAGUCACCCGGUUAUAAUAGUACAUAGUAAGAUGGUUCUUACACAUUGUAACACUUGUCAUAAAUAUGUAUGACCCCCUUUGAGAUUAUAUAAUAAUGUCUUAGAGCCAUUUUUAAAUGAUCCAGACUAAAUAACAGCCAGUUGAGCCUCAUUAUAAAAGACAAGUUAUAAACAAGCAUUAUAGCUGCAGAAGGCUUUAAGUCAAAUGUUAUAUAUAUAUAUAUAUAUAUAUAUAUAUAUAUAUAUAUAUAUACAGUAUAUUUCGCCAUUGCCUGUUCAGGGUACCAUGUAGUGUUUGAGAUCCAUAAAGUUGUUAUAAGCAUGUAUGAACCUUUAUGUGUCUUAUAAAGCUUAUGAUCCUUCUCUUUCUCCUCUGUCUGUGCAGGUUACCAUGUAGUGUUUGAGAUGCUGGACUCCCGUCCUCCCGGCUGUCCCCCUGAGUUCAUGCACAUCCCCGUCCCAGAGGGAGACCCAGUCUUCGACCCUCACCACACCGGCCGAGUCCUGCUGCCCUUCCAGAGGGGGCUCUGGGACAAACACUCCAGCCAGAGCCCCAAUAACCCCCGCACACAGGUAAUAAACCCUCACACACAGGUAAUAACCCUCGCACACAGGUAAUAACCCUCGCACACAGGUAAUAACCCUCGCACACAGGUAAUAACCCUCGCACACAGGUAAUAACCCUCGCACACAGGUAAUAACCCUCACACACAGGUAAUAACCCUCACACACAGGUAAUAACCCCCCACACACAGGUAAUAACCCCCCGCACACAGGUAAUAGCCCCCCACACACAGGUAAUAGCCCCCGCACCCAGGUAAUAAUCCUUGCACAGACAGGUACUAUAACAGACAGGUACUAUAACAGACAGACAGGUACUAUAACAGACAGACAGGUACUAUAACAGACAGGUACUAUAACAGACAGACAGGUACUAUAACAGACAGACAGGUACUAUAACAGACAGACAGGUACUUUAACAGACAGACAGGUACUAUAACAGAUGCUUAAUGAGUUCAUACAUUCGUAGUAUGUGUAUGUGAUUCCUGAGGGAGUUGAACCCGUGAUCUUGGCGUUGUUAGUGCCACGUCUCUAUGAACUGAGCCAGGCAGCAGCACGAGGACCACGGGGUAAGACCAGUUGUUCAUACUUUAGUGAUUAUAUUUUCAGCCAGUUGGACAUCUAUUGGACAUAAUAAUCAAGUAAUAAAUCCAAAAAUUAUAUCAAUUUGAUCAUAACAUCUGUAGGGUGAACCUGGUGACUGUGUGGCUAUGUCAUGUUAUGUCAUGUCAUGUUCCAUAAAGGUGAUCCUGGUGACAGUGUGGCUAUGUCAUGUCAUGUCAUGUCAUGUCAUGUUAUUUCAUGUUAUGUCAUGUUAUGUAGGUGAACCUGGUGACUGUGUGGCUAUGUCAUGUUAUGUCAUGUUAUGUCAUGUUGUGUCAUGUUAUGUAGGUGAACCUGGUGUCAGCGUGGCUAUGUCAUGUUAUGUCAUGUUAUGUCAUGUUGUGUCCUGUUAUGUAGGUGAACCUGGUGACUGUGUGGCUAUGUCAUGUUAUGUCAUGUUAUGUCAUGUUGUGUCAUGUUAUGUAGGUGAACCUGGUGACAGCGUGGCUAUGUUAUGUCAUGUCAUUUUAUGUAGGUGAACCUGGUGACAGCAUGGCUGGAUGGCAGCUCUAUCUACGGCCCCUCUAGUUCAUGGUCUGACGCCCUGAGGAGUUUCUCCGGUGGUCUCCUAGCCUCGGGCGAGCAGUGGGACAUGCCCAAGAGGAGUGGGAGCAGUAACAUGAUGUGGAGCGCUGCUGACCCCUCCACUGGUCAGCAUGGACCUGAGGGACUAUAUGGUGAGUAGAGGCUCGUUGUCGUUGACGUUGUCUUCUUCUUCUUCUUGAUUACCCAAACUCAGUGAUGUAAUUGGAUUACUUUCAGUUACUUUUGGAUGACUUUCCCCUUAACGGGCAUUAGAAGAAGACUAAAAGGAUCCAUCAAACGCAUUUGGUGUGUCAUCAUAGUGGUCUCUGAUUGGUGGUCAUCAUUUGGUGUGUCAUCAUAGUGGUCUCUGAUUGGUGGUCAUCAUUUGUUGUGUCAUCAUAGUGGUCUCUGAUUGGUGGUCAUCAUUUGUUGUGUCAUCAUAGUGGUCUCUGAUUGGUGGUCAUCAUUUGGUGUGUCAUCAUAGUGGUCUCUGAUUGGUGGUCAUCAUUUGUUGUGUCAUCAUAGUGGUCUCUGAUUGGUGGUCAUCAUUUGUUGUGUCAUCAUAGUGGUCUCUGAUUGGUGGUCAUCAUUUGUUGUGUCAUCAUAGUGGUCUCUGAUUGGUGGUCAUCAUUUGGUGUGUCAUCAUAAUGGUCUCUGACUGGUUUUUCAGACUCCUCAGGUGGAACAAACUUAGACAUGCGCCUGUUUUCAAUGCUGAUUUGAAUGUCAUUGAGAAAACAGAAAGGUGUCAUAAUGUAAUUUUUUUUCCACAAACAAUCCUUUUUCUGAAUUUAAAAGUGAGAAGGAAUCAUGUGGUUUUUCAUGAUAUUUUGGCUGGUAAUGUAACUGAUUAAAAGUUGUAUUUAUUUAUGUAAUCAGAUAACAUGUAGCUGAUUACGUGUAAGCAGUUACUCCCCAAUCCUGGUGGUCCGUGACAAUGGACUUGCACCAUAAAGCUACAUAAUGGCAGCUGAACUGGCAUCUGGCUAGACGCCUCACUAAUGGUAAAGAAUACAAAUAAGGAAACACCAACAAUAUUUGCACUGUUACUGGAUUGAAAGAUAUAGACAUCAUAAAGCUGUGUAGAACCUCCUGCUCCUCAUCAACAGGACGUGAGGCCACGUCAUUCUUGCAUUGUCACAGCUAAAGAAUACAAAAUAUUUUAUCAGCACCAUUAAGUAAUAUAAAGAUAUCAACCCCUUUAAGGAAGUAAAAGGUAUCGGCACCUGUAAGGAAAUACUGAAAAUACUUUAAUCUCGGGACAGUUAUCACUGCUUAUAAACAUUUAUAUACCAGGGUUGGGUUCAGUUUCUGGUUUUUCAGUUUACUUCCUGAUUUCAAAUGGAAAUGACCCCAAUCCUGGCAUACAGUCGAUACAGCAGUUCAACAGCCGAACAUGCAGUCAGAGAAACCUUCAGUUUCUUCGUUUCCUCCCUCCAGAGUUGGGGAACGCCUGGGGCAACGAGAAUGUGUUCACCAUGGCCGAGGGCAUCGUGUGGUUUCGCUACCACAAUUACAUCGCCUCCCAGCUGUGUGAGAAACACCCGUCGUGGUCGGACGAAGACCUGUUUCAAAAUGCCAGGAAGACCGUGGUCGCCACGUUCCAGGUACCAGGAAAAGUCUGUCAUAAUCCAACCCAACACAUAGCUGGUCAUUUAGUGGUUAUUUACAGUAUGUCACAUGACCAGGAAAGAGAGUUGUUACUUACAUCAAUGCCAGGUGGUCGUGGGUUUCAGGAUAAAUGGUAUUAGUUGAGGGUGUCUGUGUGACCGCGUCACCUCUUAUCCUUCUGGUUUAGCGCCAAUGUAAUUAUCCUGUGUAUUGACAAGCAAUUGACAAGUAACUCCACAAUAUUGUAAUUUUUUUUACAGAAUAUUGCCUUCUACGAAUGGCUGCCUGUAUUCCUGGGAGAGAAGAUAAUGCCUCCAUACAAGGGUAAGAGAGAGGGAGAGAGAGAGAGGGAGAGAGAGAGAGAGAGAGAGAGAGAGAGAGAGAGACACAUUUACAUUUACAUUUACAUUUUAGUCAUUUAGCAGACGCUCUUAUCCAGAGCGACUUACAGGAGCAAUUAGGUUAAGUGCCUUGCUCAAGGGCACAUUAACGUCAUUUAGCAGACGCUCUUAGCCAGAGCGACUCACAAAUUGGUGCGUUCACCCUAUAGCCAGUGGGAUAACCACUUUAACACAAUUGGGGGGGGUUGGGGGGGGGAAGAGAGACAGAGAGCGAGAGAGAGAGAGAGAGAGAGAGACGAGUAGAGUAGAGAGAGAGAGAGAUAGAGAGAAGAGGAGAGAGAGAGAGAGAGAGAGAACAGAGAGAGAGAUGAGAGAUGAGAAGAAGAGAAGGGAUAGAGAGAGGAGAGGGAGAGAGAUAGAGAGAGAGAAGAGAGGAGAUGAGAGAGGCGAGUAAGAAGAGAGAGAGGACCGAGAGUGUGUUGUGUGGUGUGGGGCAAGCUGACCCCACACGUGGUGAGUAGACCGUGGUUAUGUGCAUACCUGCGUUCAAAAGAAACCUAGAGACAGGGCGCCACACACACACACCCCACCACACACACCACACCCACACACCCCCAGACACGUACCCACACAACACCACAGUCCUACACAACACCACACACAACUACACACCACACACACACACACACACUCACACCACACACACACACACACAACAAGACCACACCACAACACUCACUCACCACCACACACACACAGCCACAACCCAAACAACAACACACCCACACCCACACAACACCACAAACCCCAAACACACACACACACACAACCCACACACACACACACACACAACACCCACAACACCACACAACACACCCAACACCACCACACACACCAACACACACACACACACACAACACACACACACACACACACACCACACACACCACACACACACCACACGGUCACAUUAUGUUAUUUUUGUUUCUCUUAAUAAAUCAUAUGGAGGUUAGAGGGAUUCCUUUCCCCAUUUCUCUUAAUAAAUCAUAUGGUUAGAGGGAUUCCUUUCCCCGUUUCUCUUAAUAAAUCAUAUGGUUAGAGGGAUUCCUUUCCCCGUUUCUCUUAAUAAAUCAUAUAGAGGUUAGAGGGAUUCCUUUCCAUGUAAUCUUUCACAAUGUUAGAAAAGGGCUUCCUUUUACUGUGGCUAAUAUACUGCUGUACCUAUGACAAUAUGGUUUUUGGAGACUCCAUCUCUUCUACUUUAGAGCAGUUUUACAGUAUUAUACCCUGUUUCGUUGUUCUCUGUCUGUCUGUCUGUAUGCGUUGUCUGUCUGUCUGUCUGUCUGUCUGUCUGUAUGUAUGUCUGUCUGUCUGUCGUAUGUCUGUCUGUCUGUCUCUGUCUGUCUGUCUGUCUGUCUGUCUGUCUGUCUGUCUCCUGCAGGCUACCAGAGGUUUGUGGAUCCAGGGAUCUCACCUGAGUUCCAGGCUGCUGCUAUACGCUUUGCCUCCACGAUGGCCCCCCCUGGUGUCUAUAUGAGGUACUGAUGACUAGUCCCCACCGUCUGGAGCAGGCCUCUCCUGCCCUGUUCCUGGAGAUACCCUCCUGUAGGUUUUCACUCCUACCCUAAUCUAGCACGCCUGAUUCUAAUAAUUAGAAUUAGGUUAGUUAGAACUCGGGUAGGAGUGAAAACCUACAGGAGGGUAUCUCUCCAGGAACAGGGCAGGAGUGAAACCUACAGGAGGGUAUCUCUCCAGGAACAGGGCAGGAGUGAAACCUACAGGAGGGUAUCUCUCCAGGAACAGGGUAGGAGUGAAAACCUACAGGAGGGUAUCUCUCCAGGAACAGGGUAGGAGUGAAAACCUACAGGAGGGUAUCUCUCCAGGAACAGGGUAGGAGUGAAAACCUACAGGAGGGUAUCUCUCCAGGAACAGGGUAGGAGUGAAAACCUACAGGAGGGUAUCUCUCCAGGAACAGGGCAGGAGAGCCCUGGUCUGGAGAAUAAACUCCUCCAAAAGAAUCAGAAUCCACAAGAAUCCACUAGAAUCCACUAGAAUCCACUAGAAUCCACUAGAAUCCACUAGAAUACAAUAGAAUACACUAGAAUACACUAGAAUCCACUAGAAUCCACUAGAAUCCACUAGAAUACAAUAGAAUACACUAGAAUACACUAGAAUCCAAUAGAAUCCAAUAGAAUCCAAUAGAAUCCACUUGAAUCCACUUUAACUUAACAUAUCAGGGAAUCAGAAUGGUGAACUAUCAGGCGAUCAUGCUGGAUUCAACAGGCUAUUAAAACAGGUGUAUUGUAUGUUUCCACCAGGCUAUCCCUUCACCUCAAUACUGUACGCUAUUGCUAGCAGAGCACAUAUCACUGUAAUGCUCUGUUGGGGUUGAUUUGUUGUUUUGUACUAAGAAACAUGGUCCCAGAUGCAGUGUUUGUGUCAGCAUUCAUAUUUCAACAGCUGCAUGUAAUUUGUGUCAUCAUGAAUUUUUCAUACAUUCCUCUUGGCUACAGAAACAGAACUUGUCACUUUCAGAAGGUUGUCAACAUCGAUGGGAGCACGUCGUCAGCGAUGCGCAUGUGCAACAGCUUCUGGAACCGUCAGGUAAACCUGCUAGAAAAUAUAUAUCGAUCCAAACGUUUGGGAAGAAACAUCUCUGUCAAAUUGUUUCUACAAUUAGUUUUUUUUUUUUGUUGUCUGUGCAAGUGUCUGCCCUGUAGCCUCCGUGUAGCCUGGUCUCAGAUCCGUAUAGCCAAACAGCUACAGGAGGUGGCAAGACAGCACCUUUGUUGAGACAUUUCUAUUAGAGAAACUGAAUGACCUGUUUCAAACAAACCUCUCUGAUUGUCUGUUGUAGAACUCCCAACCUGAAGUCAGGCCAAGAUAUAGACCAUCUGAUUAUGGGCAUGGCCUCCCAGAUCGCAGAGAGAGAGGACAACAUUGUUGUGGAGGACUUAAGAGGUCAUCAUCACCAUCAUCAUCAUCAUCAUCAUCAUGAUAUAUUUUCAGAUGUAUUUGUGUCUACAGGAACAUAGGGCAGAGACCUCUCACUUUAGCGUUAGACGGUCAGUGGGGGGAAUGGCCUUGUUUUACAUAUGCCUUCCAACAUGAAGAGGACAAGAAGUUGCUUAUGACAAGUCUUAUAAUGCAUUACGACCGCAUCAUGAUGCAUUACAACCACAUCAUGGUGCAUUACAACCACAUCAUGAUACAUCACAACCACAUCUUAAUGGAUUAUACCUGGUGACUUUAAGAAAAGGUGUGUUUUCAAUACAACAAUAAUACAUGAUUCAUAUUUACCCCCCCCCCCCCCCCCCCCCCCCGUGGUUCUUCUCCCCCUACCAGACUACAUGUACGGUCCCCUGCGGUUCUCACGGUCGGACCUGGUGGCUCUGACGGUGCAGAGAGGCCGGGACUUUGGCCUGCCCAGCUACAACCUGGUCAGAGAGGGCCUGGGCCUGGCCCCUGUAGAGAGAUGGGGAGACAUAAACCCUCGGCUCAACACCACCAACCCACAGGUACGAUCAGAACUGCUUACGUACUGCUUAUAAAAUGCUUUAUGUAUUUGUUGUGAAUGUUGUUGUUAAAUCCUUAUGUACCACUGACCGUUUAGAUUUUACUUGCCAAUGAUCGUGAUAGUGAAUGUGGUUGUUUUACCUACGUAUAAAUCACAAAAUGACUAAAACGUCAAUGUAACCAGGCAGGGACAGUUGAGAGCCAGAGAGAGGGGACUCAAACCACUGGCCCAAGAUCCUAUAAUGGAGUGAAUAACCUACCAUACCCUCUCUAUUCUGUCUCUACCUGUACCGUAUCUAUAGUUAUUCAGGGACCUAGCAGACCUGUAUGACGGGGAUAUCUCUAAACUGGAGCUGUUUCCUGGCGGUCUCCUGGAGUCUGUGGACGGUCCUGGUCCGGUCUUCUCCUCUAUCAUAUUGGACCAGUUCGACCGCAUCAGGAAUGGGGACCGCUUCUGGUUCGAGAACACACGGAACGGGUAGGAAGGAACAACGUCAAAUAUAGACACCUCAUACAUUAAACUAAUUCAUCGAAUGAAACUGUAACUGUCAGUUGAACCCGAUUUAUUUCCUGGCUUUCUCACGUUCGUUCAUUCUGAAAGGGAGGUCAACUCCUGGCUUUCUCACGUUCGUUCAUUCCGAAAGGGAGGUCAGCUCCUGGCUUUCUCACGUUCGUUCAUUCCGAAAGGGAGGUCAGCUCCCGCUGAGCCCAGUCCAAGUUCUUCUCUGUCCUGACACCCCAAUGGUGGAACCACCUUCCCCCUGAUGCUAGGACAGCAAAGUCCCUGCCCAUCUUCUGAAAACGUCUGAAACCCCGCCUCUUCAAAGACAUAUCAAUCGUAACCCCCUCCCCCACUUUUAUUUAUUUUUUAUUUGCGCUUGUCUUUUCCUACAAGCACUGACUUUGCUGAUAACUUCUUUAUUGAGGAAAAAUGUACUUACAAUGACUGUGAUAUGUGGUUGUCUCAUCUAGCUACAGUAUCUUAAGAUGAAUGCACUGACUGUAAGUCGCUCUGGAUAAGAGCGUCUGCUAAAUGACUAAAAUGUAAAAUGUAAAUGUAAAAUGAAUGCCUGGAGGGAUACCUUUGACAACGUAAGAACUAAUUAAAUAAACUAUAGCCUAGUGGAGAACUAGACUUUGAACUGAGAAAACACAAGACUAAUAUCAGUUUUUAUCAGCUUUGAACUGAGGCAACACAAGACUACUGUCAGUUAUGAUCAGCUUUGAACUGAGGAAACACAAGACUACUGUCAGUUAUGAUCAGCAUUGAUUCAGUGUUUGGGUGAUACUAUCAUAACAUUUCCUGUUGAUCUGACCAAUCCUGGUUGUUCCUCUAGUAUGUUCACAGCCGAAGAGGUGCAGGCCAUUCGGAACACGACCUUUCAUGAUGUCAUUACAGCAGUCACCAGUGCAGAGGCUGAGGACAUACAGAGGAGAGUCUUCUUCUGGAGGGAUGGUAAAGAUCAUAUCCUCCCUAAAGUUAUCUUUCUGUGGUUGGCCAAUACGUGAUAUUAUUCUCUGCAAUUCAAACAUUAUAAAUAGGUAACUUAUGAUAGUAUUCCCAGUAACUCAUAAAUGUUGACUGUACGUGCUGCAGUUACAGUAACCAGUUUAUCUGCCUACGUGUCUCCUCAUCUGUUUUUCUCCCUGUCUGUUUCCCUGCCUGUCUUCAUGUCUCCCUGUCUCUCUGUCUGUUUCCCUGCCUGUCUCCCUGCCUGUCUUCAUGUCUCCCUGUCUCUCUGUCUGUUUCCCUGCCUGUCUCCCUGCCUGUCUUCAUGUCUCCCUGUCUCUCUGCCUGCCUGUCUCCCUGCCUGUCUUCAUGUCUCCCUGUCUCCCUGUCUGUUUCCCUGCCUGUCUCCCUGCCUGUCUUCAUGUCUCCCUGUCUCUCUGCCUGCCUGCCUGUCUCCCUGCCUGUCUUCAUGUCUCCCUGUCUCCCUGUCUAUUUCCCUGCCUGUCUCCCUGCCUGUCUUCAUGUCUCCCUGUCUCUCUGCCUGCCUGGCUGCCUGACUCCCUGUCUGUCUGGCUGCCUGUCUGUCUGCCUGCCUACCUGUUUCCCUGCCUGUCUCCCUACCUGUCUGUCUGUCUGUCUGCCUGCCUGCCUGCCUGCCUGCCUGCCUGCCUGCCUGCCUGCCUGCCUGCCUGCCUGCCUGUCCUGCCUGUCUGUCUGUCUGUCUGUCUGUCUGUCUGUCUGUCUGUCUGUCUGUCUGUCUGUCUGUCUGUCUGUCUGCCUGCCUGCCUGCCUGCCUGCCUGCCUGCCUGCCUGCCUGCCUGCCUGCCUGUCUCCCUGCCUGUCUUUCUGCCUCCCUCCCUGUCUGUCUGCCUGCCUGCCUAUCUGGCUACCUGUCUGUCUGCCUGUCUGUUACAGGUGACCCUUGCCCCCAGCCUUCUCAGGUCACGACCUCUGAGCUCCACCCCUGCACCAAUGCCACCAAGCUCAACUACUUUGACGACGGAAGCAAAACUGGCUUUGGCAUCUCAGUCGUCUGCCUGUUCCUCUUUCCUGUUGGUCAGUAUUUGAUAUUACCCAAUCAGACUCCACAUGUGUGAUGAGGUGUGAAUGACGGAGUCAGGCGCAGGAGGUAAAACACCGAAAUCCAGAGUUUAUUCAGUGUACAUGAAUAUUGAGCAGCAAGCGUCAAAACGAAACUAGCACAAGGGAAAAAUCCACCUUGGCUAAAUACAGGGAAAGAGUUGCUCAACCGAGCUACUCACUCUCACAAUGAACAAUCACUCACAGAGGACAAGGGGGCAGAGGGAACACUUAUACACAGACUAAUGAGGGAAUGAGUACCAGGUGUGUGUGAUUGACAAGACAAGACAAGACAAGACAUAUGGAGUGAUGAUAAAUGGAGCGGCAGUGGCUAGUAAGCCGGUGACGACGAACGCCGAAACCUGCCCGAGCAAGGAGGAGGGGGCAGCCUCGGCUGAAUUCGUGACAACAUGCACAUUUUACAUGAAGUCAUUUAGCAGACACUCUUUUAUCCAGAGUGACUCACAGUCAGUUAAUUCAACUAAAUAGGUAAAACAAACCACAUAUAUACAUUUCUGUAUCACACAUAACAGAAAAUAAAUAAAAAACUCAUAUUGCAAGGAAAAUCUACCAUUCUACUACAGCCGUGGUGAACUUCCCUGUGGAUCUUGAUCAGUGGCGUAGCGCAGUUUCGCGGGGCCCCCCACAAGGUUUGAGCAAGGGCCCCAUUUAUUUAUUUUUUGUUGCCAUGGGGCAGAGAGAAAAAUGUGAAUUUUUAUAGGUUUUUUUCUUCACAUUUUGCCAUGAGGCUGAGAGAACAUGUUGCUGUUUUAGAGCUCAGGGAUCCUUUGAAAGUUGGGACAAUCUCAAAUAUUUUUCUUAACAUUUUACAACAUAUGAAAUAUAUGUUUUGAUAGACCAAAGUAUCAGCUAUCACACCAUGUAAAGGCACGACCUCCUAAUGUAUUUAAUUUUUUCAUAAAAUACAUACUAACUGGAUUUAUGUCAACUCUGUCAGACACCAUAAAAGGCAUUUCAUUUUUUACAAUUAUUGUCCAACAUAAAUAAAGGCCUUGAUUGUUUAAUUCUAACAUUAGAUUAUUCAAAAAUGUAAUACAAAUCUCCAAACUUCUUUUUGUUUUGUUUUAUAGCACUAUUACAUGCUCCAGGGCUAAUUUAGUUAGCAUUUUGGCAUGUUUUUCUAGAUGUAGAACAUAAAACAACAUUUAUAAAGGAUAACAUUAUCCCUUAGGAACAGUGAUUACAAUGUUUUUUUCAGAAUAUGGACAAAAAAAAUCGAUCUUAAGGGGGUCAGCCAUCAGUGACGGAGUUGGCAAGCCACUGGCGAAGUUGACAACAGAUACUCAAAACAUACAUAUUUUUGUCUCAAAAAAUAAAAGUACAAUACAAAUAUUUGUAAAAUAUAGAAAAUUAUUCAUUUGAAAAUCACCAAUAAAAAUCAACAUUCUAUCAUAUCUUUCAGCACUCUUGACGUUAAAUAAAAAUCUGAAGGAGUUGACGUUUUACGGAGUUGACAAAAACUGCAUUUUUCUUCUUAAUUCAAGUGGUAUACACAGUAGCAAUUGAGUUUUUCCUCAGUUGCUUUCUGACUCUAAAACCUAAUUAAAUGUAACAUAUUUGAACCCAAAUUCAUAUUCUAUCUAAAUCUAUCAGGCAGAUGGCGUUGACAGUUUGUGGUUGUGACCAGGAUGAUUCCAAUAUUGUUUAACUCUAUCAAAAGUAGAGAACUUUCCAGACCAUGAGUGCUCUGGUUGCACUACAUGUAAUGAGGACAUGAAGAAGGGGUCCUUAUGGUGUAGCUGACCCUGCUUAUUCCUGAUUCAUUUAGGAUUUUAGACAAAUCUGACGGAGUAAACCAAAUCUCCAGACACAUCUUUAAGGAAUCAACGUUUUUAGAUAAAUAUUAUUUAAAGUCACAGAGGACUAUUGCAAGAAACUACAUACGAUCAUUUUCCAGUUAAUAUCAUUUUUUGUUGUUGCCAGUUUUCAGUUAAUUUCAAUGUUAACACUUUUUUGGAAAGUUUGAAAUGUGUAUCCUUUGCUCCGAACAAGGGCAUUUCCAGGCAUAGAGCUGACAUGGAAAUUAAUAACAUUGAAAGUAUUAAAAAAAAUCCCAAAACAAUUCUUUUUCCCUUAUAAAAUUAUCCUAAAUGUAAAUGUUAAGACCAAAUAAUCAGGAUCAUUGUGAUUGCUACAGUAUAAUUGUUGUAUAAUUGUUCUGUUGAAUGUGUUGUUCCCCUCCCAGUGAGCUUCCUCAUGGCUCUGGUCGUGGCCUACUUCAGAAAGUCCAAGUUUAAGAAGUUCCAGAAGAGAGGAUCUGACGACACAACAGAGGAACCCGCUGCUGGAAUCACAGGUGUGUGUCGGGAUGUCAGUGUGAUGCGGUAGGACGAAGUCAGGCGCAGGACACAGAGCUCAUCGAAAAACGUACUUUACUCAUAGGGAACGUCGAAUAACAUAACCUCCACGCAGGGAGGAAACAAACCCGCUCACCAGACGACAACCAAACAUGAACAAACACGCACAACAUACAGUGGGAGCCAGAGGGUUAAAUAGGGCAGUGAUCAAUGAUCAUGGGAACAGGUGUGAACAAUCAAGACAAGACAAGACAAGUAGAACACAGAAACAUAGAUCGGUGGCAGCUAGUACUCCGGUGACGACGAACGCCGAAGCCUGCCCGAGCAAGGAGGAGGAGCAGCCUCGGCUGAAUCUGUGACAGUGUGUCAGGUGUCAGGCGGUCUUUGUUGUGACAGAAUCGUCCCCCUCUGUGUAGGUCGGGUGUGUGUCAGGUGGUCUUUGUUGUGACAGAAUCGUCCCCCUCUGUGUAGGUCGGGUGUGUGUCAGGUGGUCUUUGUUAUGACAGAAUCGUCCCCCUCUGUGUAGGUCGGGUGUGUGUCAGGUGGUCUUUGUUGUGACAGAAUCGUCCCCCUCUGUGUAGGUCGGGUGUGUGUCAGGUGGUCUUUGUUAUGACAGAAUCGUCCCCCUCUGUGUAGGUCGGGUGUGUGUCAGGUGGUCUUUGUUAUGACAGAAUCGUCCCCCUCUGUGUAGGUCGGGUGUGUGUCAGGUGGUCUUUUGUUAUGACAGAAUCGUCCCCCUCUGUGUAGGUCGGGUGUGUGUCAGGCGGUCUUUGUUAUGACAGAAUCGUCCCCCUCUGUGUAGGUCGGGUGUGUGUCAGGCGGUCUUUGUUAUGACAGAAUCGUCCCCCUCUGUGUAGGUCGGGUGUGUGUCAGGUGGUCUUUGUUGUGACAGAAUCGUCCCCCUCUGUGUAGGUCGGGUGUGUGUCAGGUGGUCUUUGUUAUGACAGAAUCGUCCCCCUCUGUGUAGGUCGGGUGUGUGUCAUGUUAGAACGGGUGUGCUUUUCUCUUUUCACACUACUGAGCCGAGCCAAGCUGAGCUGUACUGAGCUGGCCUGGUUACACAUCCACACCAUGGCUGCUGCUGGAACUAUGCUGGGAAGGACAAUGUCAACAGAACAUAUCAGAGCCAUCACAAUACGGUUUGGAUAGGCAUGAGAGUGUGAAUAUGGUAAUAGGGUGCACACCUUAACACUGGGAAUGUUCUGAUGUCCAUCUCUCUCUCUCUCCGAGCGAGCCUCUCUCGCGAGUGGCGCAGAAGGCGCGAAGCAGAUAGCGAGGACAAGGGAGCUCGAGGCGGAAGCUAGAGAGAACAUCAGAAAAGACCGGAGGAACGCGAGGGAGAACUGGCUCUGGGAGCAUGAGGGUAGAGACUCGUCUCUAACAGAAGAGCAGGAAGAGACCGAUCGAAAAAGAGCGAAGAUCCUCCGAGAAGAGAGGAAGAGCCGAAAAUAUAGGCCCUCUCAUCUACUCUCCUCUCCUCGCCUCUCCUCUCCUCUCCUCUCCUCUCCUCUCCUCUCCUCUCCUCUCCUCUCCUCUCCUCCUCUCCUCUAGCCUGUGAGUGGCAGGGCCCUAAGAAGCCCCUGUGUCCAGUCAGUCUGUUGAUCGAUGAUAGGAGGAGACUCCAGGUGUUUGACCGGUCUGGACCCGCUCUACGGUCACUCAGCCUGGGUACCCAGACCCACCUGGACGUCCUUCUAUCCAGUGACCAUUACCGCAGGGCUCUGCUGCUGAAAGUACCCAAAGAGUAUGACCUGGUGAGUAGAUGGGAGAGUGGUGUGUGUGUGUGUGUGUGUGUGUGUGUGUGUGUGUGUGUGUGUGUGUGUUUGCGUGUGUGUGUAAACUCUGCUUGUUGUGGUCUGUCCCCAGGUGCUGUACUUUGAGGACGAGGGCCAGCGUGGAGAGUUUGUCCGGCACCUUCGCUCUGAGGUGACAGACAGCGGACAGGAGCUGGCGGUGAGGGACAUGACAGAGAAGGAGCUACUGAGAGAGGCAGUGACCAGAGAUCAGAGAGCUCAGAUAGUUGAGACCUUCAUCAGGACUGCCUUCGCCAAGGUACCGGAAUAUACUGUGAUUUAGGAGACGCUUUACUGUAAUAUGGUGAUUUAGGAGACGCUUUACUGUAAUAUGGUGAUUUAGGAGACGCUUUACUGUAAUAUGGUGAUUUAGGAGACGCUUUACUGUAAUAUGGUGAUUUAGGAGACGUUUACUGUAAUAUGGUGAUUUAGGAGACGAUUACUGUAAUAUGGUGAUUUAGGAGACGCUUUACUGUAAUAUGGUGAUUUAGGAGACGCUUUACUGUAAUAUGGUGAUUUAGGAGACGUUUACUGUAAUAUGGUGAUUUAGGAGACGAUUACUGUAAUAUGGUGAUUUAGGAGACGCUUUACUGUAAUAUGGUGAUUUAGGAGACGCUUUACUGUAAUAUGGUGAUUUAGGAGACGAUUACUGUAAUAUGGUGAUUUAGGAGACACUUUACUGUAAUUUGGUGAUUUAGGAGACGCUUUUCUGUAAUAUGGUGAUUUAGGAGAGGCUUUACUGUAAUAUGGUGAUGUAGGAGAGGUUUACGGUAAUAUGGUGACAACAAUACGGUAACAUUCAUGGCCUCAAUGAGGGAAAAAAGUAUUUGAUCCCCUGCUGAUUUUGUACGUUUGCCCACUGAUAAAGAAAUGAUCAGUCUAUAAUUUUAAUGGUAGGUUUAUUUGAACAGUGAGAGACUGAACAUUAGCGAGUAAUAUACUCGGAAGUGGUGGAUGGUGCGCGCGCCUCCUGAGUCGGACUAGAAGUCCACUCCAAAUAUCUGCUAUCUUGGAGCAGCCUCUCAAUUGCCCUGGGUGGUACGAACAAAGGAUCCAAUUUGGGAAAGUCGUAUUCCUGGUCGUAAUACUGGUGAGUUACCGCCGCUCUGCGAUCCAAAUGUUAUUUCCGGCUGUUUGUAAUAACACAAAAAAACGUUCUGGGCUAAUAAUGUAAGAAAUAAUACACAAAAAAACAAAAUGUGUGUUGUGAUAAUUGCGUUAUUUGCUCUAUAACCUAUUAAUUCAUAUGCCUUGCGACCGUGAUAUAUAGGCCUAAAGGCCAAGACAAUAUGAAGACACAGUGGCAGAAUAAAUUCAACCACACCUUUGUUUUAUCACAAAACCAGAUAGCAAACUCUGUCCGGUGAAGUCCACAAAGCAUAUUGCAUGUACAGUAACAGACAGUUACGUGACCUACAGCAUGGUCAAACAAGGUAAUGUUUCCGACAUUUUCGGACCACUAAACAACUAUUGAUUUAGAACCACGGAGAGUUACCGCAAGUCGCAAAGAAACCAGGAGCUGCCUCCACUACCCCAGCACCAUUUCAACUUCAACAUUUCAACAUCAUCAAAUCACCUCUGCUUAGUCUAAUACAGUCACAACUAAAAGUUACCAAAAACCAUUUAGCCCAAUCAACAAGUUAAAUAUGAUGUAGCUUUCCAUGGUUCUGUUUUCUGUGUGUGUGUGCGUACAAGUAGAAAACAUGUUGACUCACCCUACUUGUAGAGAAACACCAAUGCCAUCCUCCUCUCUUUCAUGUUGACGAAACGCUCUAUGACUCUGUCAUACAGUACACGCUUUUAUUUUGUGUUGUCCUCGGCUACCUGGCUAAAAUGCUGCUCGCUAGCCUAACUUCCAUUCAUGGGCAACGUUAGCUAGUUAACAUUAGCCUUCUACAUCUAGCUACAUAUUGAACUUCCAUCCUCUCAGGCCAGGGGCACAACAAUGUAUGAAUGAAUGGUUGAUUAGAAUUUCAUUGAGAAAACAGAAAGGUGUCAAAUAUUUUUUUUCCGCAAACAUCCAUUCUGAAUUUAAAAGUAAUCCUAGAAGUAAUCAUUUAGUUUUUCAAAAGUAUCUGUAAUCUGAUUACAAUAUUUUUGCUGGUAAAGUAGAGGAUUACAGUUACCGUUUUUUUUGGUAAUCAGUUACAUGUAAUCCAUUACUCGCCAACCCUGGACAUGCUGUAUGUCAGGGUUCUUCAAUUCCGGUCCUGGAGGGCUGAAACACCUCUGUUUUUCAUCCUCUCCUUCUAAUCAGGGGCUAAUUCAGACCUGGGACACCAGGUGAGUGCAAUUAACUACCAGGUAGAAAUAAAAGGAGACCGUUUUCAUUGACCUGGCCAAGGCUUUCGACUCUGUCAACCACCGCAUUCUUAUUGGCAGACUAAAUAGCCUUGGUUUCUCAAAUGACUGCCUCGCCUGGUUCACCAACUACUUCUCAGAUAGAGUUCAAUGUGUCAAAUCGGAGGGCCUGUUGUCUGGACCUAUGGCAGUCUCUAUGGGGGUGCCACAGGGUUCAAUUCUUGGGCCGACUCUUUUCUCUGUGUAUAUCAAUGACGUCGCUCUUGCUGCUGGUGACUCUCAGAUCCACCUCUACGCAGACGACACCAUUUUGUAUACAUCUGGCCCUUCAUUGGACACUGUGUUAACAAACCUCCAAACGAGCUUCAAUGCCAUACAACACUCCUUCAGUAGCCUCCAACUGCUCUUAAACACUAGUAAAACUAAAUGCAUGCUCUUCAACCGAACGCUGCUUGCACCCGCCCACCCGACUAGAAUCACUACUCUCGACAGGUCUGACCUAGAGUAUGUGGACAACUACAAAUAUCUAGGUGUCUGGUUAGACUGUAAACUCUCCUUCCAGACUCACAUUAAGAAUCUCCAAUCCAAAGUUAAAUCUAGAAUCGGUUUCCUAUUUCGCAACAAAGCCUCCUUCACUCAUGCUGCCAAACAUGCCCUCGUAAAACUGACUAUCCUACCGAUCCUUGACUUCGGCGAUGUCAUUUACAAAAUAGCCUCCAACACUCUACUCAGCAAAUUGGAUGUAGUCUAUCACAGUGCCAUCCAUUUUGUCUCCAAAGCCUCAUAUACUACCCACCACUGUGACCUGUAAGCUCUUGUUGGCUGGUCCUCACUACAUAUUCGUCGCCAAACCCACUGGCUCCAGGCCAUCUAUAAAUCACUGCUAGGCAAAUCCCCGCCUUAUCUUAGCUCAUUGGUCACCAUAGCAACACCCACCCGUAGUCUGCACUCCAGCAGGUAUAUCUCACUGGUCAUCCCCAAAGCCAACACCUCCUUUGGCCGCCAUUCCUUCCAGUUCUCUGCUGCCAAUGACUGGAAAGAAUUGCAAAAAUCUCUGAAGCUGGAGACACUUAUCUCCCUCACUAACUUUAAGCAUCAGUUGUCAGAGCACCUUACCGAUCACUGCACCUGUACACAGCCCAUCUGAAAUUAGCCCGCCCAACUACCUCAUCCCUAUAUUGUUAUUUAUUUUGCUCAUUUGUACCCCAGUAUCUCUAUUUGCACAUCAUCUCUUGCACAUCUAUCAUUCCAGUGUUAAUACUAAUUGUAAUUAUUUUGCACUAUAGCCUAUUUAUUGCCUUACCUCCAUAACUUGCUACAUUUGCACACACUGUAUAUAUAUGUAUUUCUGUUGUAUUUUUGACUUUGUUUUGUUUUACCCCAUAUGUAACUCUGUGUUGUUGUUUUUAUCGCACUGCUUUGCUUUAUCUUGGCCAGGUCGCAGUUGUAAAUGAGAACUUGUUCUCAACUGGUUUACCUGGUUAAAUAAAGGUGAAAUAAAAAUAAAAUAAAAAAAUAAAAACAGAAGUGUUUCGGCCCUCCAGGACCGGAAUUGAAGAACCCUGCUGUAUGUAUUGGCUCAAUGGGAGAACCCAGUUAAAUAAAGGUUCAAUAAAAAAUAUAUCCAUCUCAGGUCCUGGAGAUAGAGAAGUGUGAUGCCAGGGACCUGAGUGGUGCAUCCUGUAGAAAGACCCGUGAAGCCCUGGAGACUGAGCUGACAGGAACUGAGUUUGCCGACGCCCUGGGACUCAAACCGGACUCUCUCUUUGUUGACUCCAUGUUCACGCUUGCCGACAAGGAUGGAAACGGAUACCUCUCCUUCCAGGAGUUCCUUGAUGUCAUCGUAAUCUUCAUGAACGGUGAGUAGGUGUCACGCCCUGACCUAUGGAACUCUUGUUUGUUGAGUCAGGGUGUGAAUGUCCUAUGGUAGUUCUAUGUUAUGUAUAUCUAUGUUUAGGUUCUAGUUGUUCUAUAUCUAUGUUUGGCCGGGUAUGAUUCCCAAUCAGAGGCAGCUGUCGCUCGUUGUCUCUGAUUGGGGAUCAUACUUAGGUAGCCUAUUUCCUACGUUGUGUUGUGGGAUUUUUGUUCCGUUUAGGCUUGUAUGUGUAUAGCCUGAGGACUUCACGUUACGUUGUUUCUUGUUUUGUUGUAUGUUUAUUGAGUUAAUAAACAUGUACGCUUUUCACGCUGCACCUUGGUCCGACCCGUCUCUCAAUGAGCGUGACAGAAGGUUUCCAUUUCAAUUCAAGUCAAUUCAGAAAGUAAACUAAAUUCCAAUUCCACGUUUUACUAAUUAAAAAGCAUUGAAGAGAAUUGGAAUUUCAGUGUACUUCAUGAAUUGACUGGAAUUUAAGUGGAAUUGAUCCCAACCCUGGAGUUCAGGGUCGUGUUUAUUAGACAAACAAACAGAAGAUAACUGACUGAAACAGGAAUUGUCCAAUAAGAAACACCAAAUUUUGUUCUGAGAUUCCACUGUGUGGUUUGUCCAGGUUCCCCCGAGGAAAAGUCUAAACUGAUGUUCUCCAUGCACGACAUCGAUGGAGAUGGUUUCUUAUCGAAAGAGGAGUUUUCCAGGCUGCUCAGGUUAGCACUGUUGUCGAUUCUCUUAAAGGUCCCGAACACUCAUUCUGAUUCCCAUGUAAAAUAGCCUUUUGAGUGACUAAAAUAUCACCCAUAAUAUUUGUUUUUGGGGGGAAAGAAAUGCUCAAGAUUUUAGAAAAGUACUUUUCUCUCAUGGCUAACUACCAGGAAGUUUGAAAAGAAAGGGUGAGUGGGCGGUGAGUUUAUAUUCAUGACCUCGCCUUGACUGACAGCUCUUUGAAAUGCCUAUGUCAAGAAACUUGGGUGCAGUGAGCAGUGUUGCACAAUCCAAAAUGAGUGAAAAAGAUAAGCACCAUAUUAAUGGGUUCCUGGACUAACUCCGACCGUCUUAACUCUGGCCAUCUUGUGGUCUGUUCUGCAGGUCGUUCAUAGAGAUCUCCAGUAGCCUUCUGUCUAAGAGCCAGGCUGAGGAGGCCAUCAAGGCCAUGCUGAAGGCUGCAGGCUUCAACGACAAGGAACAGAUUACCUGGGAGGACUUCCACUUCCUGCUCCGGGACCACGAGAAGGAACUGACCUUCGCUCAGCUCAACAUCAAAGGUAACAAAGGCUGUAGAGGGCCGACCAGGGACACAAAAUACUCUCAAAGGCUUCUGCAAAGCUUCUUCUUCUUCUUCUUCUUCUUCUUCUUCUUCUUCUUCUUCUUCUUCUAAUGUUAUGUAUCUCUGCAGGGAUGGAGAAGGAGGGGGGAAACAGACUGAGUCGACACCAGCAUGUUUCUUUCAUCACCCCAAACAGGAACAGGUAAGAUAAUAACAUUAGAAUAGAGGAAGAGAAUAACUAGUAAUGAGGAUACACCCUUUAUGAGAGAGCUGCUGACUAACAAAACAUUUAUAGUAAAAAUGCCCUCUUGAUUGUAAUCUACUGUAUUUCGCUAUCUCCUUUCACAAACAUCUUAGCAGACGCUCUUAUCCAGAGCGAUUUACAGGAGCAAUUAGGGUUAAGUGCCUUGCUCAAGAGCACAUAGACAGAUUUUUCACCUAGUCGGCUCGGGGAUUAGAACCAGCAACCUUUCUGGUUACUGGCACAACGCUCUUAACCACUAAGCUACCUGCCACCCUUGUGGACAUGAUGAUGAUGAUUGCUUUUUUCCAAGUAACCUGUUAUAUUACUAUUACAACGACUAUUACGAUUAUUAAUACAAGUUAUUUUAACUACACCACCCUUGUCUGCUGAUAUGAUAAACAUCCGUUUUCAAACGCCGGGCUUCAUGCCUCAUGCUCCUUAUUUAAAACGGUAAUGUCUUCUCUUCCUUAGCUCACCCUCAGAAGGGGACACGCAGUUCUCCAGCAGCCUUGGGAAAGACGGGCAGGAACUUCGCAGACGACAAGGGAAAAGGUAAGUUCUCUAGGGUUAGGGGAAUUUCCAUUUAAAUUCUGGAAAUAAAGUGAAAUUCUUUCACUGUCCAUCGAAAAGCAAUGAGGACUGAAAUCAAAUGGAACUUAUCUAUCCUGUGGCUUCGUUAUAUCACUAACACCCAGUAAUACCUUUUAAAAUAUAAUUAUUGCCCUUAAUGAUGGCAAUCCAGCCUGAACCUCAGCCGGAUAUUCUGUUUUUACCCACUCUCCAUUGAUUCAUUUAAUUGUCCUUGCUAACUCUGACUCAUCCAUUGUAUUUACUGAUUGCUGCAUUGCUGUAACAUAAAGGUUCAAAAUGGUCUCAAUAGUUCUUUGUUGAAGGACCUUUCUCUUAAAACGUGUUCAGCAAUAAAUGCCAUUGAAGUGAAUUAUGCUGCUGCCUGAACCUUCUUUUUCAGUUUCAGUUGAAUAAAUUAUGUUGGAACAAUACAUAUUUUCUCAGUCACAUGCUCAAUCUAAACCACUGCAAAUAACUCCCUCCUUCCUCCUCCCAUGCAGAUCGGGCCUCCAGAGGCCUAAGGUCUACGUGAAGCCUAAGAAGGAGCGUUACAACAGGAACCCCAUCCAGCAGAAGAUCCAGCACUUCAAACGCUUUGUAGAGAACUACCGUCGCCACAUUGUCUGCUUCACUAUCGUCUACGGCAUCACAGCCGGAGUGGCUCUGGAGAGAUGCUACUGUGAGUUCUCUUCUCUUCUCUUGUCUUGUCUUCUCUUCUCUUCUCUUGUCUUCUCUCCUCUUUUCUUGUCUUCUCUUGUCUUCUCUUUCUUGUCUUCUCUUCUCUUGUCUUCUCUUGUCUUGUCUUCUCUUCUCUUCUCUUAUCUUCUCUUGUCUUCUCUUGUCUUCUCUUGUCUUGUCUUCUCUUCUCUUCUCUUCUCUUCUCUCUCUUUCUUGUCUUCUCUUUUCUUGUCUUCUCUUCUCUUGUCUUCUCUUGUCUUAUCUUGUCUUCUCUUAUCUUGUCUUCUCUUGUCUUCUCUUGUCUUGUCUUCUUGUCUUCUCUUGUCUUGUCUUCUCUUCUUUCCUCUUUUCUUGUCUUCUCUUGUCUUGUCUUGUCUUCUAUUCUCUUGUCUUCUCUUGUCUUCUCUUGUCUUGUCUUGUCUUGUCUUCUCUUCUCUUCUCUUCUCUUUUCUUGUCUUCUCUUGUCUUUACUUAUUUUUAUUCUCUUCUCUUGUCUUCUCUUGUCUUCUCAUCUUGUAUUUUCUUGUCCUCUCUUCUCUUGUCUUUUUUUCUUUCUUUUCUCUUCUGUCUGUUCUUCUGUUCUGAGAGUUAGCUGGCACUUCGUGACAACUGCUGAUGUAAAAAGGGCUUUAUAAAAUACAUUUGAUUGAUUGAAUUUGAGCUAGCCUGGCUGGUCCCAGAUCUGUUUGUGCUGUCUCGCCAACUCCUAUACUUGUUGUCAAGACAGUACAGACAGAUCUGAGACCAGGCUUGGGAGUAAGCUGUGCCAAGAAGAAGAAGAAGGCUGGGAGUUACCUGUUUUGUCAAUCUCAGUGCCCAGAACCAAAUCAGAUAAGGCGGUCAUGAGCGACGACUGUUUUGUUGACACAACUGCUUAACUUAAUGAGAUAUUAAUAAUUUAGUUGAUUACUCAUGCAAUUCUAACUCCAUUGCCCUACAAAGGCAUCUUGUGAAUGCUUAGGUACAUUUUCCAUCACAUUACAAUAGCUAUACUGUAUCUGAAUAUAAAAGCCUUCUGUCAGCCUGGUAUAUACCCUGAAUCCCAAAUCAAAAGCCCUGGCCCUAAUCCUUCCUGUAGAUCUAACAGAAUGGGAUAUGUUUAAGCAAUAUGGUGAUGACUUGAACUUCCCUUCUGUUUGGCUGACUUUUUGCCCAUAUUGAUUACACUUAUCCAAUCCCUUCAGAUCUACAGGAGUGCCUAGGGAAUCCAGAGGGGCUGAGGGUCUUAUUUGGGAUUCAGGUAAAGCCCUGUGGACUAACAGAAACAAACCCCUAGCUGCGUGUUUAGACUAUGGUUUGCAGGCAUACUCCACGGGCGUGCCGGAGACGUCGGUGGUGGGUAUCUUGGUGUCGCGUGGUUCGGCGGCGGCCAUCUCCUUCCUGUACCCCUACAUGCUACUGACAGUGUGCCGUAACCUCAUCACCUUUGGACGAGAGACCUUCCUCAACCAAUACAUCCCCUUCGACGCCGCUAUAGACUUCCACCGCUUCAUGGCCAUGUCUGCCCUCUUAUUUUCAGGUCAGAGGGCGACUCACUUCUCAGAGCAUCAACACUAAAGUAGGGGUUGACUGGGUGGAAUUGGAGAAAAAAAAGUCAAUCACCAAUGUAAAAUCCUGAAAAUAUUUUUUUUUUUUUUUCGUCAAAAUGAUUUCACUUUGGGGAACUGAUGAUUUCACUUUGGGGAACUCCUACAUUCAUGAAUACUAGCUCUUCACAUCACAUUGUAGUAACACAAUUACAACAUGUGUUUCCAGUUCAUGUUGUGUUUUGCUCCCGAAUUAACCCCUUCUCCUCUCGUCUUUAGUUAUCCACUCUCUGGGUCAUGUGGUGAACGUCUACGUGUUCUCAGUCAGUGACCUCAGCAUCCUGGCCUGUCUGUUCCCCAGGGUCCUAGCUGACAAUGGGUAAUGGCAUUAUUCCUGAUUCUUCUUGAUUCUUCUGAAUUUGUGGGGAUUCUUCUUCAUUUUCAUACCUCUUUACAUACAUACUCUUGUAUCUGAUUUACUAUGUGUUGACUAUUAACUGGGUUGACUAUUUACUAUGUGUUGACUAUUAACUGGGUUGACUAUUUACUAUGUGUUGACUAUUUACUGGGUUGAUUAUUUACUAUGUGUUGACUAUUUACUGGGUUGACUAUUUACUAUGUGUUGACAUUGACUUACUAUUUAUAUUUACUAUUCGGGUUGACUAUUUACUAUGUGUUGACUAUUUACUGGGUUGACUAUUACUGGGUUGACUAUUUACUAUGUGUUGACUAUUUACUGGUUGACUAUUUACCUUGUGUUGACUAUUUACUAUGUGUUGACUAUUUACUGGGUUGACUAUUUACUAUGUGUUGACUAUUUACUGGGUUGACUAUUUACCUUGUGUUGACUAUUUACUAUGUGUUGACUAUUUACUGGGGUUGAUUAUUUACUAUGUGUUGACUAUUUACUGGGUUGACUAUUUACUGGGUUGACUAUUUACCUUUGUGUUGACUAUUUACUGUAUUUACUAUUUACUGUGUUUGACUAUUAUUAUUUUUGUUUUUUUGGGCUAUUUUUCUUUUGGGGUUUACUAUUUACUAUUUGUUGACCAUUAUUGUUUGACAUUUUUCAGGUCUGAGAGCCGAUUUGAAAUGGUCGUGGUGGUUCUUUCAGACUGUUUCCCGGUAGGACGAAUACAAAAACCCUUCCCACCGGUCAAAAAAUGGGCAAAAAUAUUGAAAGUCAUAAAAUUUUGUAAAUUUUAACCCGUUUCUAGUUAUUUAAAGACGCCCCCCUUUAACCAGUUUUGCCCGCUGGGUUUGCUUUAGUCCCAAAAUAUUGUCUCUGAAUGAUAAAAAGCUACUUUUUGUUAUUUCUGGGAAAAUUUUUUAAAAGCUCCCAAAUUUUUUUCGUUUUCUCUCUCUUGGGUUUCUCUAAGGGGUUUUCUCUCUCUAAAGUUUUCUCUAAGGGGUUUUUCUCUUUUUCUAACCCUUAAAUUUUAACGUGCUCUCUCUCUAAAGUUACUCAACCCGGGUUUUCUCUCUAAAGUUUCCUAAAAGUGGCCCUCUCUUUCUCAAAAUUUCCCCUAAUUUUCCAAGGUCUUUUCUCUCAACGUUACUUAACCUUUUCUUCUCCUAAAAAUUUCUUAACUGGUUCCUCUCUGUUUAAACUAAAGUUGUCUCUCUCCCCUAACGUUUCUUUAACUGUCUCUCUCUCUAACGUUUCUCUAAAGUGGGUUUUUCUCUAACGUUACUUAAGGGUUCUCUUUUCCUAACUUUCUCAAAGUUUUCUUUUCUCUCAAAGUUCUCUAAAAGGGUUUUCUCUCUCUAACCCUUACUCUAAGUUUUUUCCCCUCUCUCUAACGUUUCCCCUAACGGGGUCUCUCUCUCUCUAAAGUUACUCCAACGUGGGCUCCUUCUAAAAGUUACUUUAAGGGGUCUCUCUUCUCUAACGUUUCCUAAGUGGGCUCCUCUCUCUAACGUUACUCAAAGUGUCUCUCUCCCUAACGUUACCACCUGGGCCUUCCCCUCUAACGUUACUCAACGGUUUUCUCUCUCCCAAAAGUGAAUUUUUUAACGCCAACAUUUUCCCCUUCUCCCCUAACGUUAAUUAACGUGUCCUCUCUCUUUAAAGUUACUAACGGUCUCUCUCUCUAACGUUACUCUAACGUGUCUCUCUCUCUCUAACGUUACUCUAACGUUUCUCUCUCUCUCUAACGUUACUCUAAGUUUUCUCUUCUCAAAGUUUUCUCUAAAGGGGUCUCUCUCCCCUUUAAAGUUACUUAAAGUUUUCUCUCUCAUUUUUCUUCCGUUACUCUAACGUGUCUCUCUCUCUCUAACGUUACUCUAACGUGUCUCUCUCUCUAACGUUACUCUAACGUGUCUCUCCCCUCUAACGGUUUCCUAACGUGUUUUUCUCUUUUCUAACGUUUCUUUAACGUGUUUUUCUCUCGCUAACGGGUUUUCCCCCAACGGUUUGUCCUCUCUCUAACGUUACUCUAACGUGUCUCUCUCUCUAAAAGUUACUUUAACGUCCUUUUCUUCUAACGUUACUCUAAGUUUUCUCUCUUCUGGUUUCUCUAAAGGGUUUGUCUCCUCUCUCAAAGUUAAUCUAACGGUUGGGCUCUUCUAACGUUACUAAAGGGGGUUUUCUCUCUCUAACGUUACCUAACGGUCUCUCUCCUAACGUUUUCGGUUUUUAACGGUUUUACUUUUCUCUCUCUAACGUUUCCCCAACGUUUUCUCUCUCUCCUCGGUUUCUCUAACUGUCUUCUCUUUAACGUUAAAUCUAAAAAAGGGCUCUUCUCUGUUUUUCUCUAACGUGGGCUUUUUCCCCUCUAACGUUACUUUUAACGUGUUUCUCUUCUUCUUAAAAGGUUUUACUUUACCUUCUUCAAGUGUUUCUCUUAAAUUUCUCAAUGUGUGCCCCUCUUCUAAAGUACCUAACGUGCUCUCCUCAACGUUACUCUAAGUGUCUCUUUUCAAAUUAUCUAAAAGUGUUCCUCUCUAAAGUUACUCUAACGGGUUUUUCCCCCUCUCUCUAAAGUUUCUCUAAAGGUCUCUCUUUUCUAAAGUUAAAAAUUUUAAGUGUUCUUCUCUUCGUUUUAACGGCCCCUUUCCCCUAAUUGGUUCUCUCUCUCUAACGUUACUUUAACGUUGUCUCCUCUCUAAGUUACUCUAACGUGACUCUCUUUUUAACGGUUUCUUUAAAGUGUCUCUCUCUAAAAGUUUCUCUAACGGGUCUCUCCUUUUCUGUUACUCAACGUGUCUCUUCUCUAACGUUACUCUAAAAGGGGUUUUCUAAAUUUUUUCUCUAACGUUAAUUAACGUUUUUCUUCCCCUCUUUCUCUAACGUUACCCCUUUAAAGUUGUCUCUUUUCUCUAAGUUCCCCUUUAAAAGGGCUUUCUCUCAACGUUUCUUAACGUGUCUCUCUCCUAACUUUUCUCAACGGUUUCCCCUCUAACGUUAUUUAAGGGUUUUCUCUCUAACGUUUAAACAACGUUGGGGUUUUUCUCUAACGUUACUCAACGUGUUUCUCUCUAACGUUACUCUAAAGGGCUUCUCCCCUAACGUUACUUAACGUUUCUCUCUCUCUAACGUUACUCUAAAGUGGGCUCCUCUUUCAGUUACUCUAACGGGUCUCCUCUCUUAAAAGGACUCUAACGUGUCUCUUUCUCUAAAGUUACUUAAAGUGUUCUCUCUCGUUAUCUUAAGGGGGCUUUUCCCCUCUUAAAUUUUUCUUUUAACGGGGUUUUCUCUAUCUAAACGUUACUCAAAAGGUUUUUUCUGUUUUUAAUUUUCUCUCUCUAACGUUUUCUCUAACGUUUUCUCUCUCUCUUAAAAAACGGGUUUCUUUUAACGGUUUUUCUCUCUCCCCUUUUAAGUUUCCUAAAGUGUCUUUUCUCUCUAACGUUUCUCUAAAGUUUUUCUUCUUCCCAAAAGUUACUCUAAAGUGUCUCUUCUCUCUAAGGGUUUUCUAACGGGGGUUCUCCUCUUAAAGUUUCUCUAACGUUUUCUCUCUCUUUACUCUAACGUGGGUUUUCUCUCUUUUAACGUUAAAUCAAAGUUUUUCUCUCUUCCUUUAAAGUUACUCCCAAACGGUCUUCUCUCUUAACGUUUCUCUUUUAAAGUUUUCAUCUCUCUUUUAAGUUACUCUAAAAGGGUUUCUCUCUCCUUUAAAGUUUCUCUUUCCCUGUCUCUCUUCAACUUUUCUCAAAGUGUUUUUCUCUUCUUUUAACCCUUUUACUUUUAAGUUUCUCUUUUACUCUUUUAAAGUUACUUUUAAAAUGUCUCUCUCUCUAACGUUACUCUAACGGGGCUCUUUUCUUGUACUCUAAAGUGUUUUUUCUCUCUAAAAAAAAUUACUCUAAGGUUCUCCCCUCUAAGUUACUCUAAAGUGUCUCUCUCUCUUAAAUUACUCUAACGGGGGGCUCUCUCUCUAACUUACCUUUAAAGGUUCCCUUCCAAAAGUUACCCCUAACGUGUCUCUUUUCCUUUUAAAAGUUACUCAACUGUCCCCUCUCUUUAACGUUACUUUUAAAAAGUCUCUCUCUCUAAGUUAUCAACUGUCUCUCUCUCUCUGUUUUCUAAAGUUUUUUCCCUCUAACGGGUUUCUCUAACGUUUUUCUCUCUCCCCUUGUUACUCUAAGGGUCUCUCUCCAACGUUACUCUAAGUGGUCCUUUUAUUAAAGUUACUCUAAGGGGUUUUCUCUCUCUAACGGUUUCCUAACGUGUUUCCCUCUCUAACGUUACUCUAACGGGUCUCUUUUUCUCUAAACUUACUCUAACCUGUUUUUUUUCUCUUUUUUCUCUCUAACGUUUUUUAAAGUGUUUUCUCUCUUAACGUUAAUCUUACCGGGUUUCUCUUUUCUCUUUAAAGGGUUUCCCCUUUUAAUUGGGAAGUGUCUUUUUCUCUCUCUAAAGGGUUUCUUAAAGUGUCCCCCCCUCUCUCUAACGUUUACUCUAACGGUUUUCUCUCUCUCCAAGUUUUUCCCAACGUGUCUCUCCCCUCUAACGGUUUCUCAAAAUGUCUUCUUCUCUUCCCUUACUCCAACGUGUCUCCCCUCCUAAAGUUACUCAAAAAGUCUUCUCUCUAACGUUAUUAAAGUUUUCUCCUUUAACGUUACUCAACGUGUCUCUCUCUCUAAAAGUUUCUCUAAAAAGGGCUCUCUCCCCUAACGUUUUCUCUAAAGUUUUUUCUCUCUCUCAAAAAAAAUUUCCUCUUUCCCGGGUUUUCUCUAUUUAAAGUUAAUUAACGGUUUUCUCUCAACAUUACUCUAAUGUUUUUCUCUCUCUUUUAACGUUACUUAAGUGUUCUCUCCUCUUAACUACUUAACGUUCCCCCUCUCUUCUAACGUUUUCCCCUUAAAGUUUCCUCUCUCUCUCUAACGUUACUCUAACGUGUCCCCUUUUCUUAAACGUUACUCUAAAGUGUUCCCCUUCUCUAACGGUUUUCUAAAGGUCUCUCUCUCAAAAUUUCUCUAAAGUGUUUUUCUCUCUCUAACGUUACUUAAGGGGGAUCUUUUUCUAACGUUAAACCCAACGGUCUCUCCCCUUUUUCUAAAGUUUCCCCCUUAAACCCCGGUUCUCUCUCCUUUUUGUUAAUCUAACGGUCUUCCCCUCUCUAACGGGUUUCUCUUAAAGGUUUUCUCUCUCCCCUAACGUUCUCUAAAGUGUCUCUCUCCCUAACGUUUUCUCUAAAGGUCCCCUCUUUCCCCUUAAAGUUACUUAACGGUCUCUCUCCUAAAUUACUUAAAGUGUUUUUCUCUCUCAACGUUUCUCUAACGGUCUUUUUCUCUUAACGUUACUCAACCUGUUUUCUCUCUUUUUAAAAUUCUCUCUAAAGUUUUCUCUCUUUUUCUAAGUUACUCUAAAAUGUCUCUUUCUCUAACGGGUUUCUCAACGUUUUUCUCUCUCUUUUUAAAGUUUCUCUAACGUGUCUCUCUCUCUAACGUUACUCUAACGUUUCCCCUCUCUUUCUAACCCUUUCCCCUUAAAGUUGUCUUUUCUCUCCUAACGUUUUCCCAAACGUGUUUUCUCUCUCUAACGUUCCCCUUUAAAGUUUUCCCCUCUUCUAAAGUUACUCUAAGUGUUUCUCUCUCUAACGUUACUCUAAAGUGUCUUUUCUCUUUUUCUUAAGGGUUUCUUAAAGGGGUUUAUUUUCCCCUUAACCCUUAUCUUUAAAGGUCUUUCUUUAACUUAAUCUAAUUUUUUCUUCUCUAAAGUUACUCAAGUUUCCUUGUUUUGUCCUUUUCUCUAACUUAAUCUAAAAAGGGGCUCUCCUCUUAAUUAACGUGUUUUCUCUCUUCUAACUCUCUUAACGUUUCUCUACGGGUCUCUCUCUUUUAACCCUUAAUCUAAAGGUUUUCUUUCUCUUAAAAUUACUCUAAAAGGUUUUUCUCUCUCUAACGUUACUCUAAGUUUUUCUCUCUCUAAGUUACUCUAAGGGAUCCCAAUUUUUAUUUUUUCAAAUUAAACGGUUUUCCUUUAAUUUUUAAGUGUUUUCUCUUAAUUAUCCGGGUUUCUUUCUAACGUUUUUUGGUUUUCCUCUAAAGUUACUCUAAAAGGGUUUUUUCUCUUCUAACGUUUCUCUAACGGUCUCUUUUCUCUCUAACGGGAUUAAAGGUCUCUCUCUCUUUAAAGUUUUCUCUAACGGGGUUUUCUCCAAAUUUACUCUAACGGUUCUCUCUCUCUAAAGUUUCUUUUAAAAGUGUCUCCCCUUCAACGUUACUCUAAAAAGUCUCUCUCUUCCCAAAGUUCUCUAACGUUUUUUCCCUCUCUAAAGUUACUCUAAGUGUCUUUCCUCAACGUUACCCAAAGUGGCCCUCUUUUUCUCUAACGGGUUUUUCCCAGGAAUUUUAAAGGGCCUCCUCUUAUUCUUUCUUUCUUUCGUUUUUUUAAAGGGCUCCCUCCAAAUUUUAAAACUUCCCAAAGAAUCAAGGCCCCUUUUCCGAGGUUUCUCUCAAAUUUCUCUAAGGGUUCUCUCUUCUGGGGGACCAAAGUUCUUUUUUCUUAAAACUAACUGUUUCCAAGUACCAACUUCCCCCUUAAGUUUUUAAAGGCCUUUUUGAAAGUUAAGGUUCUUUUAAUUCCAAGGGGCCUUCCUUGGACCAAGGAAAAGCCUAAAAGGGGAACAAGGGUCUCCUUAAGGGGAAAAGGGUCUUCCCCCCCGCCCUCCAUUUUUCUUAAAGGGUUCCCUAAAAUUUUUAUGGUUUUUGUUUUAGUGUCCAUUUUGGUUACCCCAAAAAGUUUCUUCCGAAAUUUUAAGUUUUUCCCAUUAUUUAAAUUUCUCCCUUUUAAGGAAAUUUCGGCCCCCUUAAUGAUCUUUUUGGGUUUUUUAAGUUAUUGGCUCCUUUUAAGAAAAUAAGUUUUCUCCUCUUCCCUUUCCCUCCCCCCUGGUUUCUAGUGUAUCUAAAACAUGAACCUCUUGGCCUUGUCUCCUCCCCUGUCAGACGGUCAUCCACGGCAGCUAUGCUCUGCUCCAGCAGCCUCGUUUCUACAUCUACCUGAUCCCCCCGGGACUGCUCUUCCUCCUGGACAAACUCAUCAGCCUCAACAGGAAGAAGGUGGAGAUCGCCGUGGUCAACGCUACACUGCUGCCCUCAGGUAGGGAGUGGGAUAGAGGGAGGGGGAGGGGAGGGAGGGAGGGAAUGGAGGGAGGGAAGAAAGGAGUGAGGAAGGGGGGAUGGAUGGUAGAUUGGAUGGAUGGAUGGAUGGAUGGAUGGAUGGAUGGAUGGAUGGAUGGAUGGAUGGAUGGAUGGAUGGAUGGAUGGAUGGAUGGAUGGAUGGAUGGAUGGAUGGAUGGAUGGAUGGAUGGAUGGAUGGAUGGAUGGAUGGAUGGGUGGGUGGAUGGAUACAUGAGGUCCCAUUCCAGUCAAUGCUCUUUGUGGGUUAGUUCUAGUUCUAUCAUUGUAUUCCCCUCCCCUCUGGCUAUUUCCUUGUGCUACGGGUCUGGUAGCCUCCUCUAUCUCUAGCUCUAUCACUCUCUCUCUCUCUCUCAGCUAUAUUCUGCUUCUCUCGCUCUCUCCCUCUCUAUUCUUCUCUAUCUCUCUUCUCUCCCCUUGCUUCUAUCUCUCCUCUCUCUCCUCUAUAUCAAUCUUCUCUCUCUCUCUCUCUCUCUCUCUAUCGCUAUCGUCUUUCUCUCUCUCUUCUCCCCCUCUCUUUCUUUCUUUCUCUUCUCUCUCUCUCUCGCGCUCUCUCUCUCGCUUGUCUCCUCUCGCUUCUCUCUCUCAAUUCAAUUCAAAUAACGUAUGUUUAACAUUCCAAAGCAAUGUGAAGUAGAUAGUAAACAAAAAGCUGAAAUAAAACAAUAAAAAUGAAACAGUACAACAUUACACUCAGAAGUUCCAAAGAAUAAAGACAUUCAAAUGUCAUAUUUUGUAUAUAUACAGUGUUGUAAGAAUGUGCAAAUAGUUAAAGUACAAAUGAGAAAAUAAAUAAACGUCUCAUCCCCUGGGUUUCUAGUGUAUCUAAAACAUGAUCCUCUUGGCCAUGUCUCGUCCCCUGGUUUCUAGUGUAUCUCUCUCUCUCUCUCUCCCCCCCCCCCCCCCCCCCCCACACACACCCCCCCCACCCCCCCAGGAGUGACCAACCUGGAGUUCAAGCGUCCCCAGGGCUUUGUGUACCGCUCAGGCCAGUGGGUGAGGGUGGCGUGUCUGGCGCUUGGCACAGACGAGUAUCACCCGUUCACCCUGACGUCUGCUCCGCAUGAGGAGACCCUCAGCCUUCACAUCCGCGCCGUAGGCCCCUGGACCAGCCACCUCCGAGAGGCAUACACCCCCGACAACCUGGAGCAACUGGGAACAUAUCCAAAGGCAUGGAGGGAGGGAUGGAGGGAGGGAGGGAGGGAGUGUGUGUGUAGGGUGGGGGGGGGUCUGUGUGUGUGUGUAUUCGUGUCUGCUGCAAGUGUGUCUGUGUGCAUGGAUGUGGUUGGUUGGUUGGAUGGUUGAUUAAAUCUUGCUGUCUUGCAAUGCUUAACUCUAUCACAUAUUUGUACUCCCAUUCCACAGCUGUACCUGGACGGGCCGUUUGGGGAGGGCCACCAGGAGUGGACAAACUUUGAGGUGUCAGUCCUGGUGGGAGGAGGGAUUGGAGUCACACCCUUCGCUUCCAUCCUCAAGGACCUGGUGUUCAAGUCCUCAGUCAAGUUCAAGAUACAGUGUAAAAAAGUAAGUAAGAUAUCCACCUGAGCAUGUCAGGAACCACACUUCUUCUUCUUCUUCUUCUUCUUCUUCUUCUUCUUCUUCUUCUUCUUCUUCUUCUUCUUCUUCUUCUUCUUCUUGUGAUCCACCACAGUAUUUAUUCUGUCCCAUAUCAGAGUAGAAGUAAAUAUGCCUCCUGCCUGUAUGUCCUUAACCAAUCUGAAUCCAUAUGCCUAACCUUUGGCUUUGCCGGGGGAAUAUCCUGUCUGUCUGUAGGUGUACUUUAUCUGGGUGACGCGUACGCAGCGUCAGUUUGAGUGGGUGUCUGACAUCAUCCGUGAGGUGGAGGAGCAGGACUCUCUGGACCUGGUCUCUGUCCACAUCUACAUCACUCAGCUGGCAGAGAAGUUUGACCUGCGCACCACCAUGCUGGUGAGAGCAACCAACAAACGGUUUCCUGGACAAAGAUUAAGCCUAGUCCUGGACUGAAAAACAUUCUCCAGAACUAGGCUUAAUCUGGGUCUGGAAAACUGGCCCUAAAAGUGCAUAACAUGUCACAGGAUAAGAGUACAACAGUUUAGAUAUAUUGUGGUUUAGUUGUAGCUAGUAUGGUGCACCGGGAGGGCAGAGUUUGCACUUUAGGACUUCAGGACUUCAGGACUUUAAGACGUUAAGACGUUAAGACGUUAAGACUUUAGGGCGUUAAGACUUUAAGACUUUAAGACUUUAAGACGUUAGGACUUUAAGACUUUAGGACUUUAGGACUUUAGGACAUUAAGACCUUAAGACUUUAGGACUUUAAGGCUUUAAGGCUUUGGGACUUUGGGACUACAGGACUCUAAGACUUUAGGACUUUAGGACUUUGGGACUUUGGGACUUUAAGACUUUAAGACUUUAAGACUUUAGAGCUUUAGAACUUUAGAACUUUAGAACUUUGGGACUUUAGGACUUCUGGACUUUAAUAUUUUAUAACGUUAAGACUUUAAGACUUUAGGACUUUGGGAUUUUGGGACUUUAGGACUUUAGGACUUUAAGACUUUAAGACGUUAGGACUUUAAGACUUUAGGACAUUAAGACCUUAAGACUUUAGGACUUUGGGACAUUAGGACUUUAGGACUUUAAUACUUUAGAACUUUAGGACUUUAAGACUUUAGGGCUUUAGAACUUUAAGACUUUAAGACAUUAGGACUUUAGGACUUUAGGACAUUAAGACCUUAAGACUAUAGGACUUUAAGGCUUUAGGACUUUAGGACUUUAGGACUUAAGGACUUUAAGACCUUAAAACUUUAAGACUUUAGAGCUUUAGUACUUUGGGACUUUGGGACUUUGGGACUUUAGGACUUUAGGACUUUAAGACGUUAGGAUUUUAAGACUUUAGGACAUUAAGACCUUAAGACUUUAGGACUUUAAGGCUUUGGGACUUUGGGACUUCAGGACUUUAGAACUUCAAGAGUUUAGGACUUUAAGACUUUAGGACUUUAGGAAUUUAGGACUUUAGAACUUUGGGACUUUAAUAUUUUAGAACUUUAAGACUUUAAGACUUUAAGACUUUGGGACUUUAGGACUUUAGGACUUUAAGAUUUUAGGACUGUACAUUUAACAACAGUAAAUGUAGUAUGUGGUACUAAAGUGGGAUGUCCUGAUGUGUCUGGUCAGUACGUGUGUGAGCGUCACUUCCAGAAGGUGUGGAAUCGGAGCCUGUUCACCGGCCUGCGUUCUGUGACCCACUUCGGUCGUCCACCAUUUGUCUCCUUCUUCAGCUCUCUGCAGGAGGUGCACCCUGAGGUUAGUUACUGCUACACAAAACUGUGUCCUUCGUCUCCUUCAGCUCUGAGGUCAGUUACAUAGACACAUCCAUCAGCGCCAUGCUGCGUAAAACCUGAUGCCAGACCUGUUUGUGCUGUUUAGACUAUUAUGUCGCUAUAAUCCGUUAUCAUACUAUCAUACUAUCAUUAUUUUCAUUAUUACUCGUCCAUAGGAGUUGGCGCUACAGCACAAACAUCUCUGGAAGAAGACUAUGCUACAUACAGUGCAUUCGGAAAGUAUUCAGACCCCUUGACUUUUUCCACAUUUUUGGUACGUUACAGCCUUAUUCUAAAAUGGAUUAAAUAGUCCCCCCCCCCCCCCCCCCCCUCAUCAAUCUACACACAAUACCCCAUAAUGACAAAGCAAAAACAGGAUUUUAGAAAUGUUUGCAAAUGUAUUAAAAAUUAAAAACUGAAAUAUCACAUUUACAUAAGUAUUCAGACCCUUUACUCAGUACUUUGUUGAAGCACCUUUGGCAGUGAUUACAGCCUCAAGUCUUCUUGGGAAUGACGCUACAAGCUUGGCACACCUGUAUUUGGAGAGUUUCUCCCAUUCUUCUCUGCAGAUCCUCUCAAGCUCUGUCAGGUUGGAUGGGGAGCGUUGCUGCACAGCUAUUUUCAGGUCUCUCCAGAGAUGUUCGAUCGGGUUCAAGUCCAGGCUCUGGCUGGGCCACUCAAGGACAUUCAGAGACUUGUCCCGAAGCCACCCCUGCGUUGUCUUGGCUGUUUGCUUAGGGUUGUUGUCCUGUUGGAAGGUGAACCUUCGCCCCAGUCUGAGGUCCUGAGCGCUCUGGAGCAGGAUCUCACUGUACUUUGCUCCGUUCAUCUUUCCCUCGAUCCUGACUAGUCUCCCAGUCCCUGCCGCUGAAAAACAUUCCCACAGCAUGAUGCUGCCACCCCAUGCUUCACCGUAGGGAUUAUGCCAGGUUUCCUCCAGACGUAACGCUUGGCAUUCAGGCCAAAGUGUUCAAUCUUGGUUUCAUCAGACCAGAGAAUCUUGUUUCUCAUGGUCUGAGAGUCCUUUAGGUGCCUUUUGGCAAACUCCAAGUGGGCUGUCAUGUGCCUUUUACUGAGGAGUGGCUUCCCUCUGGCCACUCCACCAUAAAGGCCUGAUUGGUGGAGUGCUGCAGAGAUGGUUGUCCAUCUGGAAUGUUCUCCCAUCUCCACAGAGGAACUCUGGAGCUCUGUCAGAGUGACCAUCGGGUUCUUGGUCACCUCCCUGACCAAGGCCCUUCUCCCCCAAUUGCUCAGUUUGGCCGGACGGCCAGAUCUAGGAAGAGUCUUGGUGGUUCCAUUACAUUACAUUUUAGUCAUUUAGCAGACGCUCUUAUCCAGAGCGACUUACAGUUAGUGCAUACAAUGUUUUUUUGUACGUUUUUUAUUUUAUUAUUUUUUUAACAUUAUUUUUAUACUGGCCCCCCGUGGGAAUCGAACCCACAACCCUGGCGUUGCAAACGCCAUGCUACAUCCCUGCCGGCCAUUCCCUCCCCUACCCUACCCUGGACGACGCUGGGCCAAUUGUGCGCCGCCCCAUGGAGGCCACUGUUCUUAGGAACCUUCAAUGCUGCAGAAAUGUUUUGGUACCCUUCACCAGACCUGUGCCUCGACAUAAUCCUGUCUCGAAGCUCUACGGACAAUUCCUUCGAACCUCAUUGCUUGGUUUUUGCUCUGACAUGCACUGUCAACUGUGGGACCUUAUAUAGAAGUGUGUGCCUUUCCAAAUCAUGUCCAAUUAAUUGAAUUUACCACAGGUGGACUCCAAUCAAGUUGUAGAAACAUCUCAAGGAUGAUCAAUGGAAACAGGAUGCACCUGAGCUCAAUUUCAAGUCUCAUAGCAAAGGAUCUGAAUACUUAUGUAAAUAAGCUAUUUUUGUUUUUUUAUUUUUUAUUCAUUUGCAAACAAAUCUUAAAACCUGUUUAAAGCUUUGUCAUUGUGGGGUAUUGUGCGUAGAUUGAUGAGUAAAAUAAAUAAUUGUAUCCUUUUAGAAUAAGGCUGUAACGUAACAAAAUGUGGAAAAACUGAAGGGGUCUGAAUACUUUCCGAAUGCACUGUAUGCUGUGCUGCUCCCUUCCAAAGUAUUCAGCAUCACUUCCUUGUUCUGUGUCCCCUCCUCCUCUGUGCUGCUCCCUUCCACAGUAUUCAGGAUCACUUCCUUGUUCUGUGUCCCCUCCUCCUCUGUGCUGCUCCCUUCCACAGUAUUCAGGAUCACUUCCUUGUUCUGUGUCCCCUCCUCCUCUGUGUGCUCCCUUCCACAGUAUUCAGCAUCACUUCCUUGUUCUGUGUCCCCUCCCCUCUUGCAUCACUUCCAGUAUUCAGGAUACUUCCUUGUACUGUGUCCCCUCCCCCUCUCCAUCAGCUUCAGUAGCAAUCUACCAUGAUAAACAAAUACUCACACACUGGAACCGAUCUAUUACUGUCAAUCAAUCAGAACAAACUGAUCUACACAAUUACUGUUUGUUUCUCUCUCUCUCCUCUCAUCUCUCCUUCUAUCUCUCUCUCUCAUCUCUCUGCUCUCUCAUCUCUCUAUCUCUCUCUUCUCUCCUCUCUCUCAUCUUCUCUUCUUCUCUCUCUCUCUCUUCUCUCUCUCAUCUCUCCUCUCUCUCUCCUCUCUCUCUCUCCAGGUGGGUAAGAUUGGUGUGUUCAGCUGUGGUCCUCCUGGUCUCACUAAGAACGUAGAGAAGGCCUGCCAACAGAUGAACAAGGGAGACCAGACCCAUUUCAUACAUCACUAUGAGAACUUCUAACUUCUAACAGCAGGACUGGGG